UCAACAAAGUAUGGAGACACCGUAAAAUCUCACCUUUGCGUGAGAUAAUCAGCACGUGCGAGCUCGUUAAACGGAGCGGGCUAACGCCAAAGGAGAAGCCUGGACGCUUUCUCCCGAGAUUUGUGAGACUCGGGGUCGGGAGUUAGGAGCUAAACAUCUCACUGUGAACGGGAAACAAGGACAGGGAGACACGGAGAGAGGGGAUAUGAGCGGAAGGGAGGCAGAAAUCACUGAAAAGCAGAGCUGUGUACACGCGUAAGGAUAUUUGGGGCGUGCGUAAAGGCGCCAAACAAAGUAACGUUAACCGGAUAACUGUAAACACUGAUUUUCUUUUCCUUGGACAUGUUUCCGCUGCCGGAGCGCGUUGUUUAGACUCUGUUGUUGUGGAACGAGGGUGAUCCUCUGCGCUGGAGGAACACUGCUUUAUGUUUUAUGCCUUUUCUCCCUUUCCCCCUGGAAAUUAUGUGAAGUUCUUGCUUUUGACGCUUAACUUCCGAGGCUACGUUAAAUGCAAAUGCGGUAGGGCUCUCUUGGCUUUGCUUCAUAAACUAAACUGAGUUGAAACGCUGUUUUUUCCACACUGUGUAGUAGGCUGAAAUGUGAGACACUAGUGAAGUCGACGCAUGACAAACCGCUGCAUACAGUUGUUACAUUGGCUUCUAUUGUAACCUUUCAUUUACGCAUGCUUGUUUGGAUAUGCAAAGAAAACUUUUCAAGCAUGAAGAGAAGAAAAUUCCCGUUUUCUGGUUACAUCGCCGCUGUCUUCUGAUCUGGAUUUAUUGAAACCGUGUUUAUUUUUGUCUCUUUCAUCAUUUAUUCCCAUGCUGUAGUGACAGCAAAGCUGCUCUGCGUCAGGGAUGUGGAUAUAAUGCUGUGACCUACUGCCACUGAAAUCGAGUUGUGAAAAUACCCAAUUAUUGCGCUGAUAGUUAAUGAUUAAGACAUCAGGUGGGGAACCGUGCGUAGUUCCUGCGUGUGCGUCGUGAAACUCCGCUGUAAACGUGCUGUGAACCACUUCAGGACUCGGUUAGUUUGUGAAGGGAGUCUCCGGAGCAGACAUGGAGGAGUGGAGACAAUGCGGGCGGUGGUUGAUAGACUGUAAGGUCUUGCCCCCGAACCACCGGGUCGUUUGGCCCUCGGCUGCCGUCUUCGACUUGGCACAGGCCCUAAGAGACGGAGUGCUCCUUUGCCAGAUGUUGCACAACCUCUCACCGGGAUCAGUAGACCUGAAGGAGAUCAACUUCAGACCCCAGAUGUCACAGUUCCUGUGUUUGAAGAACAUCCGGACAUUUCUAAAGGUGUGCCACGACAAGUUUGGCCUGCGCAACAGUGAGCUGUUUGACCCUUUUGACCUCUUUGAUGUCAGAGACUUCGGAAAAGUAAUCUCCGCUCUGUCAAGGAUCUCCCACCACAGCAUCGCACAAAUCAAAGGCAUUAGGCCUUUUCCAUCAGAGGACACAGCUCUGAAUGAGGAUGAUGUGUACCGGAGCCUUGAAGAGCUGGCAGAUGAGCAUGACCUUGGUGAGGAUGACAUCUACGACUGUGUGCCGUGUGAGGACGAUGGCGAUGACAUCUACGAGGACAUCAUUAAGGUGGAAGUACGACAACCCAUGAUCAGAUACAUGCAGAAAAUGGGUAUGACAGAAGAUGACAAGAGAAAUUGCUGCCUAGUGGAGAUCCAGGAGACUGAAGGAAAGUACUACAAGACUUUGGAGGACAUUGAGAAGAAUCAUAUGAUCCCACUGAAGCAAGUCUUGAGUCCACAGGAAAUGGAGGCAAUCUUUGUCAAUCUGGGGGAUAUAAUCAAAGUCCACUUUUCCCUCCUGCGAGCCAUCGACCUCAACAUGGUCAGCGGAGGAAGCGGCCUUGGAAAGAUCUUCCUCGACUUCAAGGAAAGGUUGUUGAUCUACGGUCAGUACUGCAGUCACAUGGAGAACGCCCAGAAGACACUGGAUGAGCUAAUAGCAACACGAGAGGAUGUCAAGAUUAAAGUAGAGGAAUGUACGAUGAAAGUGCAGGAAGGGAAGUUCAAGCUGCAGGAUCUGCUGGUGGUUCCCAUGCAGAGGGUGCUGAAGUAUCAUCUACUACUGAAGGAACUUCUGAGUCACUCAACAGACCGACCAGAAAGACAACAGCUAAAGGAGGCUCUUGAGGCCAUGCAGGAUCUGGCCAUGUACAUCAACGAAGUCAAGAGGGACAACGAGACACUGAAGAAAAUCAGCGAAUUCCAAAGUUCAAUAGAAAAUCUUCAGCAGGUGAAACUGGAGGAGUACGGGAGGCCAAAGAUAGACGGAGAACUGAAGGUGUGCUCCAUUGUUAACCGAACAAAACAAGACCGGUACAUCUUUCUGUUUGAUAAAGUGGUCAUAGUCUGCAAGAGGAAAGGCUACAGCUAUGAGCUCAAAGAGAUUAUUGAACUGCAGUCGUAUAAAAUGUCUGACGACCCCAUGAACAACAGAGACAUGAAGAAAUCAAGUGGAAAAAUGUGGUCAUAUGGUUUCUACCUGAUCCACCUGCAAGGGAAGCAGGGCUUCCAGUUUUUCUGUAAAACUGAGGAGACAAAGAGGAAGUGGAUGGAGCAGUUUGACAUGGCCAUGUCCAACAUCAAGCCUGAGAGAGCCACAGCCAAUCAACAUAACUUCCAAAUGCACACGUUUGAUAAAAACACCAACUGUCGAGCCUGCAAGAUGCUCCUGAGGGGUAUCUUUUACCAGGGCUACUACUGCUCUCGCUGUGGAACAGGAGCUCACAAAGAGUGUCUGGAAGUCAUCACCAUCUGUAAAAUCAAUCCUCAUGACUUGGAACCUGGGCUUUCAUCAGGUCCCAAGAUGGUGGCAGUGAGGAACUACCAUGGCACACCAGCAGCCCCUGGGAAGACGCCACUCUGUUUUCAAACCGGAGAUUUUAUCGAACUUCUGAAGGGAGAUCCUGACACAACGUGGUGGGAGGGAAAGCUGAUACAAACACAAAAGAGUGGCUUCUUCCCCAGUUCAUGUGUAAAACCUUAUUUGGACCCUAAGCCAUUCCAGUCAUUAUCAAGCAGGCAGUCCUCAAGAGAAGCAGACUACUAUGGAUAUCCUUGGUUUGCAGGGAACAUGGAGCGGCAGCAAGCAGACAACCUUUUAAAAUCCCACAGCAGUGGGACCUACCUUAUCAGAGAGAGGACGGCUGAGGCAGAGAGGUUCGCCAUCAGCAUCAAGUUCAACGAUGAGGUAAAACACAUCAAAGUCAUUGAAAAAGACAGCUGGAUUCACAUCACUGAGGCCAAGAAGUUUGAGAGUCUUCUGGAGCUGGUUGAGUACUAUCAGUCACAUUCACUGAAAGAAAGCUUCAAGCUGUUAGAUACCACACUGCGAUACCCCUACAAGUCGAGAGAACGUUCGCUUACACGGGCCAGUACACGCUCACCAGCAGCCACAUGCGCCUCCUACAACUUCUCCUUCCUCAGUCCACAGGGCCUCAACUUCUCGUCCUCUCAGAGCUCAGCUCCCUUUUGGUCAGUGUUCACUCCUCGGGUGGUCAGUACAGCAGUUGCAAGGUAUAAUUUUGCAGCGCGAGAUAUGAGAGAGCUGUCUCUCAGAGAAGGAGACAUUGUCAAAAUCUACAGCAAGAUUGGAGGAGACCAGGGCUGGUGGAAAGGAGAGGCCAAUGGACGGAUUGGAUGGUUUCCCUCUACCUAUGUGGAUGAAGAAGGAGUGCAGUAAAGCUUGGAUGUUUGCUGACCCUGCUCCCUUUAAAUCAGGAAACAUCUUCUAUCUACUGUUCUCAGAGAAAAUUAUUCACCCUCUCCAGGAAAAAAACACAAGGACAACUUUUUUUUUGUGCUGGAUACCAAUUUUUCAGCAAGUGUUUCUACACCUUUUCUCUAUCUUCAGUUAUGCAUCAGCUUUGCUUCUUUUUUGCAGGAGAUCCUGUUUAGUUUCUGUACAGGAAAGAAGAAAAAACAGGCUUUCUGUCUGCUUUAUUGAACUGAAGACAGCAGAAAUUGACUAUGGAAAGCUUUACUUUGAAAAGGCUCCCCUUUGUUGCAGGUCUAUGCCAGUUGAAAUAAUUGUACAGUAUAGAUAAUUUAUUGAAUAGAGAUUAUUAUCAUCACUAAUGAUUAUUGUUGGGGGGGAAAUUUUAGAGUCAGCAAGGAAUCAGAUGAGAAAAGUAAGAAAUAGAUAAAGAGACGGAUGCUCUGUUUUCACGUUGAGAGAUUUUGCCUUAGUUGUCAUGGUGAUGCCUUGUGGGCUGACACCAGUGGAGGGAAUCGACUUUGUUUGACUGGUUUUACUUCUCCAUGUAUGCAUGUGCCCAUGUGCGGCCCACACAAACACACACAUACACAAACACACACACAGACCAAUGUACAGUACGGUGCCUUUGAAGAAUGGUCGCUUACUGAACCUCAACAUCAGCCAGUAAAGAACAUUGCCAUCCCCUAAAAGACGAAGGGAAGAGGCACUUAAAGAACAUCCUGGGGACAGCUCGCCUUGUGAGCCCACAUAAACAAGAUGGUGAAGCAUUUAAGUCAUCCAAACCGGAGACUAGAUGGACUCACAGAGACAGAUGGAAGGUUUUUUAUAGCCAACAACAAUGACAUACGCAGUUCAUGUCAGGUUUGGCGUCACAAGUCUGUGGGCGCCAUCAGCUGUAUGUGAAAGGGAAACAUCAAGACAUUCCAUUCAACUACCACUCCACACUUUUAAAUCUUGGUGUUCAUUGUCUUUGAUUUAUUUGCACAGAUCAAGAUUAUUUUCUAAGUUUUGAUAACUGGACCAACAGUUUUUUUAUUUUGUUUUAUUUGAAGCCAAAUUCAGUCAUGUUUUAAUGUCUGCAUGGAAUUCUGUUCCAUUGUUAUGAUUUUUGUACAUUGCCUUAUUUUUACAGACGAUCAGGUGACGGGAUUUUUCUUUCCUCAAUGUUGAUGAUUUUUCAUGUGUGAAAUCCAUUUUGGUGCUGUGCAGACUGGUGAAAAUUAAAGUGUCAGAAGACUUUCAAUCUGAAGGAAAACUCUGUGUGCUAAUUAAAAUGAAUCCAGAGGUGAAGCCCCUUCAUCAUUUUUGUGAGUUUCUAGGGCUGUAGUGAUCAGUGUUUCAUUUACUUUGUGCUAUACAAACUUUUAAGGGCCAUUUUGACAGCAGUGUGUUGGCAGACAGAUUUUGCCAGUUUGCAUAUUGAGAGCAUUCAUAAAGUAUUCAAACCCACUUCACUUCUU